GAGGAGACUGGUUUAGAAGAGGCCAAUUGAUUCGGUUUGAAAUUGGGGGAGUAAUUUUAGGGCUUUUGUUACCACGGGGACGUUGAAGAACCACAACUCUUCUUAGACCUGAUGUGAGCGAGAAUUACGAGGUCCCGCUUUCUGAAUCUAGCUUGGUCCAGCAUAUGGGACUUCAUGCGCUUUGAUCUCAGAAAGAGGAAAGCAUUCAGCUGUUGUGUCGCCAAUGGAAAUGAUAUAUAUUAGUUCAACAGAUAGUGAUUCUAGUGAUUGGGAUCUAGACAAAUAUAAGGCGCUAAGUGAUUCGGAUUCAGAUAUUUCUUUGCGCAAUUCUAGUGCUCUUCCUCUGUUGGGAUCGUCUUCUGGGACAAGUACUACAGGUCUGCAUGGAUCAAGUCAAUGGUCUCUUCAGCCUGAAAGAAAAGCUGCUAUAAAUGGACACUCAUCUCAUUCUAGUCUUGAUUUGGAUGACCAGCUUCAGAUUUUAUCCAGUUCUACUAACAAUUUUGGAAGUUCAAAUCGGCACAAAUUCAUGGAUAGCUUUGAUAAUCAGUUAUUCCGAAAAGAUUCCGAAAGAUUGAAUCCAUCUCUUCAGCCAUCGUCAUCCAGGUCAAAUUUUCCACUAAAAAGUGUGAGCAGCAGUCAAACUCUUGAAACUUAUGGAAAACCUUAUGCACAUGCAUGGCCAAAUCACGCAAAGGUUCAUAUGGAAGAAAAUUUCAGCCGGGCCAGUAAUGAUGUGGUGAAGGACAGCCAUGGUAGGGUUCUAACUCCAUCGAUGAACGCUUCAGCUACACAAUAUGCUGGUCAAUCUGAUCUUUAUCGCUCUGGGGGGGUUGUUGAACAAGCGGUUGGUGAUGAGAGGCUUAUUUAUCAAGUAGCAUUACAGGAUCUUAAUCAACCCUUAACUGAAGCAACUUUACCAGAAGGUCUUUUGUCGGUCUCCCUCUUAAGGCACCAGAAAAUUGCCUUGGCAUGGAUGGUUCAGAAGGAAAAGAGUGUGGCUUGUUCUGGUGGAAUUUUAGCUGAUGACCAGGGCCUUGGUAAGACAAUUUCAAUGAUUGCACUUAUACAGAAUCAGAAAUCUUUAUCAAAACCAAAAUCAGAUGAUUCUCGCACUUCAAAAGCUGAAGCUUUGAAUUUAGACGAUGAUGAUGGCAUUGGCACAGUAGUUGUAGAUGAAGAGAAGCAGACUGGAGAAAAUGAUGAAUUGAAGGUGAUCACAAGGGUCAGUAGCUCAACACAAGAAUUUCGUAAUCGGAAACCUGCAGCAGGAUCGUUGGUCGUGUGCCCAGCAAGUGUGCUGCGACAAUGGGCCAGAGAGCUGGAUGAGAAAGUUGCAGAUGAAGCUAAGCUUGAAGUUCUAGUUUAUCAUGGCGGCAAUAGGACGAAAGAUCCUGCAGAACUAGCAAAAUAUGAUGUAGUUCUUACGACAUACGCCAUUGUGGCAAAAGAGGUCCCAACUAAGUUUUUGGACGAGGAUGAUGAAGAUGAUCAAAGAAAUGGGGACAAGUACGGAUUAUCUUCCGAGUUUUUCAAUAAGAGAAGGAAAGGGCCUAAUCCUGGUAAGAAAAAGAAGAGCAGAAAAGGUAUUGAUGGUUCUGCCAUUGAUAGCAAUGGUACUCUUGCAAAGGUGAAUUGGUUCAGGGUGAUAUUAGAUGAAGCUCAAACGAUAAAAAAUAGCAGAACCCAGGUGUCUAAAUCGUGUUGUGGUCUUAGAGCAAAAAAAAGGUGGUGCUUGUCCGGAACACCUAUACAAAACUCAAUUGAUGAACUAUUCAGCUAUUUCAGAUUUCUAAAAUGUGACCCAUACGCGAAUUAUAAAUCUUUUUGUAAUCAAAUAAAGAUCCCAAUAUCCAGAAACUCAAUGCAGGGUUAUAUGAAACUUCAAGCUGUGCUGAAGGCAAUAAUGCUUCGUCGAACAAAAGGCACUUUGAUCGAUGGUAAGCCUAUCAUCAACUUACCUCCGAAAACAAUAAACUUGACAAUGGUGGACUUCUCAAAAGAGGAACGUGCUUUCUAUCUCAAGCUUGAAGCUGAAUCACGCACACGAUUCAAGGCGUAUGCUGCUGCAGGUACUUUAACUCAAAAUUAUGCAAAUAUCCUAUUGAUGCUUCUGCGCCUUCGCCAGGCUUGCGAUCACCCGUUGCUUGUUAAGGGAUUUAGCUCAGAAUCUGUCAGUAGAGUUUCUACCAGAAUGGGAAAGAAUCUCCCCAAGGAUAUGCAAGUGAAUUUGUUAAAUCUCUUGGAAACUCUCAACAUAUGUCACUUGUGUAGCGAUCCACCAGAAGAUGCUGUCAUUACCCUCUGUGGACAUGUAUUUUGUUAUCAGUGUGUAUCAGAAUACCUGACUGGGGAUGACAAUACAUGUCCGUCACCAAAAUGCAAAAGCCAGAUUGGCGCUGAUCUUGUAUUUAACAAUGCCACCUUAAGAAGUCUUAUCUCUGAAGAUGGUGAGGGCCCGAGUUCAUCCAAAGUUGAUGAGAAAUCUAUAGUUCUUCAGCUUGAUUAUAGUUCUUCCAAGAUCAAAGCUGCUCUGGAGAUUAUUCGGACCUGUUGCAGAUCAAAAGGUUCAAGUUCAGAAACACCAAAUCUAGUUAGAUGCAAUGGUGAUUCUUUCUUUUCAGGAAAUGCAUCUUCUAGUUCGGGUAUUGGUGGUCAGGUGGUCGAAGGACCAAUAAAAGCAAUUAUAUUCUCCCAAUGGACAAGAAUGCUGGAUCUCGUUCAAAUGUCGCUUAAUCAGUAUUCCAUUACAUACAGGAGGCUUGAUGGUUCAAUGUCUCUAGCUUCAAGGGACAGGGCUGUCAAAGAAUUCAACACCGAUCCUGAGGUAAUUGUUAUGUUGAUGUCCCUGAAAGCUGGGAAUCUUGGUCUGAACAUGGUUGCUGCAUCUCAUGUUAUUCUUUUGGAUCUUUGGUGGAAUCCAGCUACUGAAGAUCAAGCUAUUGACCGAGCUCACAGAAUCGGACAGACGCGUCCUGUUACAGUCUCGAGACUCACUAUUAAGGACACAGUUGAGGACAGAAUUCUUGCUCUCCAGGAAGAGAAAAGGAAAAUGGUUGCAUCCGCUUUCGGUGAAGAUCAAAGUGGAACUUCGACCGCUCGUCUAACACCAGAAGAUCUAAAAUAUUUGUUCAUGGGAGCUCAUUGACUCCCUUAUUCCUUAGCUGAUGGCCUUGGGCAUUUUUGUUUAGAUCAAGUGCAAAGCCCUGUAAAUAGUCGUAAUUACUAUUGCUGUAGAGAAUGUUAGUAUCGACCGUUUGUUUGCUCAACUGUUUUUAUACCGACAUUUGGAAGUAGGAUGUGUGACCCGUUAAUAGCUCUUUGCAAACAUUGUGUAACCUUAUAUUCGAUGUCUUUUUAAACUAGGAA